UAUCUUAUCCAGGGCGACAAUCGAAGGUGUCCUACUGCACUUUUGAUUUUUGUUAUUGUCUAGAACACACGUCUUAGUUAAUUAUUAAGAAUUUUACAAUUAUGUAUUUAAGAAUUAUUCUCAGUCUACUAGUUAUUGGAAAUGUCGAAUCAGCAUAUCGAAGGGUCUGUUAUCAUACAAACUGGUCGCAGUAUAGAACCUCCGCUGGAAAAUUCACGCCAACAAAUAUAGGUCCGGACUUAUGUACACAUCUUAUAUACUCCUUUGCCAAAUUACAGGGGAACAAACUACACUCGUUUGAAUGGAAUGAUGAAAGUACUCCCUGGAUGAAAGGAAUGUAUGCUAAAUUCAAUGAUUUAAAGACUCAGAACCAAAAUCUGAAAACUCUCAUUGCCGUUGGAGGGUGGACAUUGGGUUCAAAACCGUUUAGCAAAAUGGUUGCUACUGACGCAAGCAGACGGGAAUUCGUUAAAACAAGUAUUGCAUUUCUGAGAAAACACGAUUUCGAUGGUUUAGAUAUUGAUUGGGAAUAUCCAACCAGACGAUCUGGAUCAACAGCAGCAGACAGGAACAACUACAUCGAAUUACUGAAGACUUUAAAGCAAGAAUUUGAUACCGAAACGAGAACUACUGGAAAACCAAAACUGAUUUUGUCUGCUGCUGUUCCCGCAGGCAAAAGUAAUAUGGGUGGCUACAACAUACCGGAGAUGGCAAAAUCUUUAGAUAUGGUCAAUCUUAUGACGUAUGAUUUACAUGGUAGCUGGGAAACCAAAACAGGUCACAACAGUGGUUUAUUUAAACACAAUGGAGAAACAGGAGAUGCUGCUACAAUGAACUUGGAUUGGGUCGCUAAUUAUUGGGUCAAAGGAGGUAUGCCAGCACCUAUGAUUAAUGUAGGGUUGGCUAUGUAUGGGAGAGGAUUCACUCUACAAAACCCAGGAAAUCAUGAUUUAGACUCAACUUCCAGAAGUCCAUGUAAUGCUGGACCUUUUACUGGAGAGAAGGGAUUCAUGUCAUAUUAUGAGAUUUGUGAACUAUUGAAAACUGGUGGAACAAGACACUAUCUUGCUGAUCAAAUGGUCCCCUAUGUUGUAAAAGGAUCACAAUGGAUUGGAUAUGAAGAUGUUGAUAGUAUUAAAACAAAGGUGCAGUACAUCAAACAGCAUGGUUUUGGUGGAACUAUGGUCUGGGCUCUAGAUCUUGAUGAUUUUCAUGGUAACUGUGGACAAGGGAAAUUUCCUUUAGUAAAUGCAAUAAAAGAUGAACUUAAGAGAAGUGGAGGUCCUGUCAUAAAGCCAAUACAACAACAGUCUACGCCUCUAGUAAGUUCACAUACUACAACUCAGCACCUGACAACAACUAGUACAACGCUUAAACCAAAAGUUAUAAAUACAACAAAAGGAGUGCACUCUACUCGACAACUUGGAGUACCUUCUACAUUCAGUUGUAAAGGAAUGCGGGAUGGAUUUUAUCCCAACCCAUCAUCGUGCGAUUCUUAUUAUAUUUGUGCUAGUGGUUCGCCAUUUUUAGCCCAUUGUGCAAGUGGUCUGCAGUAUAACUCAAAGACAAGAUAUUGUGAUUGGCCAAGAAAUGCUAACUGUACUAACCCAUUGCAACCAAACCAACCGUCACAGACCGGUACCACAACCAGCCCUUUAAACACAAAUGGACCCACUAAACUUUUAGUGUUUUCAAAUGCUCCAAAUACAAACACGCCGUCUCAAACUCCGGCUAAUACUAAUUCUCCAACAAAAUUACUAGCGUUUACGAAUAGUCCUUGGAAGACAAACUCACCUACAUCGAAUCCUGUCGGUACACAUAUGCCCACCAAGCUGUUAUCUUUCACACGUGCACCAACUAAUGCUCCAACUUAUGUACCUGCACAGACAAAUGGUCCAACUUAUUUUCCCGCACCAACAUCUACACCAUCUCCUAUUCAUACAAAUGCUCCAACUAAACUAUUGGUGUUUACCAACGUACCUGCUUUCACGAACGCACCAGUACAAACCAAUGCACCUACUCAGUCACCAACAAAUGCACCUGUUACCAGCUCUCCUAAUUUUAAUACAAACUUUUGUCGUACUAAAUCCGACGGAUUAUACAGUGAUGCUAGUGACUGUGGAUCGUACUACCAAUGUUCCUUCGGACUUACCUUUCAUGAACCCUGUGCUCCAGGAACCGCAUUCAAUCCAAAACAAGACGCAUGUGAUUAUCCAUUCAAUGUUCCUGCUUGUAUGAACUACAUAGGAUAAAUUCAUAGAAUAUCAAUAAAUCUUAUAAUAUAACAUUA